GUGGGGUGGGACAUGAUGGGAUGGGGUAAGGACGUGACGUGACGGGACUGGAUGGGAUAAAGCGGGGGAAGGACGUAGCAGGAGGAGGACGGGAUGUGACGGGAUGGAGACGGGAUGUGACGGGGGCUGGGAUGAGCUAGGGUGAGGACAGGGAACGGGACGGGAUGUGAGUUUGUAGCAGGAUGGGAUAGGGGUCAGAGCAGGGCGAAGAUUGAGAUGGGAUGGGAGGAGGAUGGGGGACGGGGCCGUUCCGCUUGGCACUGCCACUCCUUAACAAAUCACCCAGCCAUAACCUGGAGAUGAAGCACCUGCCCGGCGCCGACCCUGAGCUCGUGCUGCUUAGCUACAGAUAUGAGGAGCUGGAGAGAAUCCCCCUGAGUGACAUGACCCGGGAGGAGAUCAACCAGCUGGUGCAGGAGCUGGGCUUCUACCGCAAGGAGACUCCCGAAGCCCCUGUGCCUGAGGAGUUCCAGUUUGCCCCUGCCAAGCCACUGCCCACCCUAAUGCCCCGCAGAGCUCCUGCAGCCGACAGCAAGACCCUGUCUGAACAGGACAAGAAGGACCACCCAGACCUGUAGGCUGGGGACCAUGCCACAGGGUGGCAAGAGUGUGACCGGGAAGCAGAGAGAUGCUCCCUGCUGCUGCCAUUGUUGCUUGGUGCUCUGUAGCCUCUGUCCCAAGGGUGCCCUGAGCGGUGCCAGCCUUGGGCAGAGGCUCCUGAGCACUGGGGACAUCCAAGUGAGCCCUAUGUGCCUGACACUGCCUUCCUCCUGAGCCACGCAGCCCAGCCAUUCUGGCAUGAUUGGUAUGGAGAAGCAGAGAUCUUUUUGCUCCUUUCCCAUGCGCCAAGGUUCAGUCAACUCGUGGUGCCGGACAGCAGUAUCCUACCUGCACAGGACAGAAUGAAACUCUCAGCAGAAAGCCCCACGUGCUGGGAGUAGAUGUGCUGAGUCCUGGAGGUGGGACAGCUGCCUCCCGGGAGGCUAUGGCUUUAUACCAGCAGGGCUGCCUCUAUCAAGCACACAGUAAAGCCCUUGCCUACCAUCA